UUCCAGUCCUGUAUGAUUCAAUGGUUUCACCUGCCCUCGUCACCGAGAGAGAGACGGCGCAGACAGGAAAGUUUUGGACUUCCCACACACACGCGCACUCUCAGUCAACCAGCUCUCUCUGCCAUAUUUGCCCAGCUCCGAGCCACUGCUACUUUAUUCGCGACGGGAGCGGCGUGUGCUAGCGAACCUCUCCAAGCUACGGUAUCUCAAAGAGGAUGACUUCGCUUAUUUUCUUGCUCCUGGCUGCCGUGAGCGCCGGGACGCUUCAUCAAGCGUGGGGCACAAACAGUAUGACUGCAUUAUACGGAGAAACCAUUGUGAUACCAUGCAACAGAGGAGCUCCAGCACCAGAGGAUCUGAUGUUCAUCAAGUGGAAAUAUGAGAAAGCAGACGGCACCCUCGGCGAUCUGUUGAUCAAACAGACUCAGAGCGACGAGGCUACAAUUCAAGCCACAGACGAUUACGCCAAACGGGUCAGCAUCGACGACAACUUCAGCCUGCACGUCACCCAGGCCUCUCUGAACGACCAGAAUGUAUUCACCUGCAUGGUCGUCUCCGAAAGCAACCUCGCAGAGUAUCCGGUCGAUGUCAUCGUUCACAAGAAACCGUCGUCAGUCGAGGUUAUGGACAAAGCUGUAAUGUUGCAGAAGGACAAACUCACAGCGGUGGGAACAUGUGUUGCGGCUAGUGCUAACCCCGCAGCUGUCAUCACAUGGAAAAAGGAUGGAAAGGCCUUGGUUCAGGAUGGGAAAGCUACUCAGAUCACGUCCAGCAUGAAGAUAGAUCCAGCCACAGGCCUGUCCACCACCUCCUCUACUCUCCAGUACGCUGCCACCAAGGAGGAUGGCAGCGCCAUCUUCACCUGCAUGUCCGUGCACAAUCUCACCAGUCAAGACGUCAACGUGGGCCCUUUUCCCGUCCAUUAUCCAUCGGAGAACAUUGUCCUCCGAAUUUUGCCCCAGGAGCCCAUCCUAGAGGGAUAUAAUGUGACGUUAAAGUGCCACGGUGACGGCAACCCUCCACCCAAGUCCUUCUACUUCACUGUCAAGGGCAAGAAAACACAGGUGACGAAUUCAGACAACUACACUUUGACGAACGUUACCAGAGAGGCGAAGGGCGAAUACAAAUGCUCCCUGGUUGACAACGAGGCGCUGGAAGACUCCAAAACGCUUAACAUUACCUACCUGGACGUGAGUCUUAGCUCCACUGGGAAGACUGUGAAGACACUGGGCGAACCAUUUUCUGUGGAGAUGGAUAUUAGCACAUCGAGUGAGAUUAAAGCGUUGUGGAAAAAGGAUGGAACGAUCGUGGACAAGCCCAACUUUGAAAACUUGACCUACGCUCAUGCAGGAACCUACGUAUGGGAAGUUUCUGUGACUGGCAUCAAACGAAGUCCGAGCUUUGAGCUGGUCGUGGAAGGAGAGCCUGUGAUCACUGGCCUGCUCAGUCACUACGAUGCAGAAACCAAAGAAAGAGUCCUGAGCUGUGAAGCUGAGGGAGUACCACAACCCACCUUCAAGUGGGACACCAGAACCUCAGAUGAGAAAGAAAGUACUUUCACGGUUCUCGAGGCCCCAAAUAAAAUCUCAGUGGCCCCAGAUAUGAACCUCACGGUCACCUGCACAGUCGAAAACAAACUGGGAACACACACCAAGACCAUCACUGUUUACGCUGUUCCUAAGGACGUAGAGAAAGACAAUAGAUCUUCAGAUGACGACCACUCAAAAGUCAUCGUAGGUGUGGUGCUCGGACUCCUAGCAGUUGCUAUGGUAGCAGCACUCCUCUACUGGGUCUUCACGAAAAGAUCAAGACAGGGAUCCUGGAAGAUUGAUGAUAAGGAGGACGGAACACCUGAGGAGAACGCGAAACUGGACAACAACCACGCUGUUUAAAAGGCGCUCGGGCUGUGCGACGUCUGAUGAAAGUGAAGAAGAAGAAGAAGAAGAAGAAUGAACCAGCCUGGGAGCAUCUAACUACACUCAUCUGAUGCGCUCGUCGACAUGUACCCACAGUCUGCUGUCACUGUUUGAGGCUGACUUGAAUUAUUGUGUCAUUUUCUCGUUGGUUUGUUUGAUGGUGUGCAUGGAUGAAUGCUGCCUCACGCCUUUUGUCAGUUCUUUGAGGCUGUGUGGUGAGUUCUAAGUCAAAGAACUGUGUUUCCUCCUUGAAUUUCUUAAACUAAUGUAAAUUCUUUGUACAGUUUUUAAUAAUAUUAAUAAUGCGUGUCGAUGUUUUUUUUUUUGUUUUUUUUUGUUUUUUUUAACUUACUUUCAUGACCUCCUGACCUCUCGCUGUUGGAAAACUGAUUUUCUGAGUUAGUAAUUUAGUUAAUAAUUUUCCACCACACCAAACUCCCUCUUAUAUCGUCAUCGUUUUACAUAAUAGAAUUGGUGAACUCUGAAUUUCCAUUCAUGCAGUUUAGUGGAACUAUUACAAACUCUUGCCAAAACUACUGUUUUAAAUUUUUUUUUAGAUGGAAAUUGGGUCUCGCCAGAUGCAGCUUUAUGACUUACUCCCACAUUAAUGCUGUAUAUGUAAAUAACAAUAAUUAUUUCCCCUUUCAGCUGCUUUUACCUUUCAAGACAUAUUUAAUUUCUUUAUGGUUUCAAAAAGAAAAGUAAAAAAGCAAAAAAAAAGAUAAAUUAAUAUGAUGCUGAAUGAGUUGGUCUGUCUGAUUUAGUUUAAUACACUAUUAUUUAAAACACAUUGUUCUGUCUGCUUACAGUUCUCAAGGUUUUAAAUACUUUUUUUUUUUAAUGUUUUUAUUUGGGAAGAGCUUUACUGAUGCUGGAUGUGAACGCUCAGUUUUUUCGUGUAUGGAUUUAUUUAUAUCCGCUGUGCAAUCUACCUGUAUCUAGUGUCAACAUUGAGACUAUCUGUGCUCGUUUUCUGCUGUGUUGCCGUCACUGUUAGCUCAGCGUUGUGAAGGAUAAACCAAAGAACAGUGGCUCGGGAGAUACGUAAAGACAAUCGCUGCGACCUGGAAACCUGACGAUGGGGAUGAAAGAAUCACCUCUACUGCUAGCCGACUUUAAUUGUAGUUGGCUGACAAUAAAUACAAAAAGUUUAACUUCAGGAAACAUGGACUAGUUGAGGUUUAGAUUUGCGUCACGGACGGAUUGUGUAGUUUUUUUUAUUUGAAUUUUAUAGUGAUGUACAGAGGUUAUUAGUGUAGCGCACUUUUCCUUUCGGCAUCUGCAAAAACACGUCAAAGCAGGUCACCAUUUGUAACCAAGUUUAUUUUUUGUUGCAAACGAAUGGAAAAAUAAAAAUCUGCAGCAAACCAAAGAGAAGAAGUGGAAUCGAGAAUAAACAAUUGUUUUGUACUGUUGUUAAUAAUAAAGAGUAAAUUUUAAAACAAA